AUGGGAAAUGCAAGAAGCUUGGUCAGUGCUAACUACUUCAGCUUCGCUGGUACUGAAGGCAACCCUAAACUGUACGAAGAACCCUUACUUGAUAAAAGAAGGGUAUACGAAGUCAAGGAGUUACGAUUGCAGCAAAGCCAACAGGUCGAACAGUGUGAUUUCAAAACAGUGAUUCAUCAGCUCAAUAGCUUCUUUGCAGUCGUCUGGCCGGUUUCUAUUGCCAUGAUCUGCUCGAGUCUUGCUGUCUCAUACAUUUCUGAUCCGAUCAUGAAACGUUCUAUGGCAGUUUACAUGUACUAUCAAGACAUUGAUUCCUCCAGACUGUCGACUGCGGAAAAAACAGAAGAAGCUUUUCUAAAUGCACUCUUGGUGAUUGUCGUCAUUGCUCUCCUCACAUUUGGAAUCGUAUUGCUUUACAAAUGCAAUGGCAUGCAUUUCUUUGCGUGGUACUGCAUGUUGUACUCAGCUGUGCUGCUUGGACUCAUAGGCUCCAAGCUUGUCGUUAUUAUAUUGUGUGAAAACCUGCACUGGGUCAUCGAUCGCAUCUCGCUUACCGUUGUCAUGUAUAAUUUUGCAACUGUCGGUGUGCUCAGUAUCUUUUAUCAAAAAGGCAUCCCUAGUUCUUUUGAGCGAGGAUACCUUAUUGCUACCAGUAUCAUCGUAACAUGGCAGCUUGCUCAAUUACCCGAGUGGAGUAUAUGGAUGUUACUUUUCCUUCUAGGUUUCUGGGACCUUUUUGCUGUGUUGACCCCAGUUGGGCCACUCCGUUGCCUGAUUGAUCUCAUCCACGAAAAGGGUACACCGAUUUCCGGUCUCCUUUUUGAGGCAAAUGUGCGAGAUGCUCAUAUUGAUGACAGUAAACAGAUUCAGCGGCAAGCAUAUACAACUCGUGGCAAUGUACCAGAGCAGAUUUUUAUCCAGCGUUUACUUCUUGCAGAACAGACUAUUAGUGUGUUGCAAGAUCAUGAAGCAGUGAAUGCGAAUUUAUUUCGAAAUCAGGUUCAAGCGUUUCUAAUUGAUCAAAGUUCACAGUGCCAAGACCAAAGCGAAGAGCUCGCUCGAAAGUUUGAGCGCAACCAGCUCCGUCUUUGGCAAAUUCUCUAUAAAUAUUACGGCAUUGAUUAUGUGUCAAGCUUGCAACCUUAUCCGGGCAUCCGGUCUGUGUUUCCUGCUUCUUUGGACACGUACGACGAAGCUGACAGUCAUGAUGGAUAUGAGAGCAAGUCUAUUAAGUUGGGCCUCGGAGAUUUUAUUUUUUACAGCGUAUUAGUCGCUCGUGCAUCGCUACACGGUUUUGACGUAUUUGCAGCCUGCUCUCUCAGCAUCCUCGUGGGUCUUGGUAUAACACUUUACUUGCUAGCAAGCUUCGAUUCUUUACCAGCGCUUCCGAUCUCAUUGUUUUUGGGGAUCAUCACUUAUCUACUUAUGGUCACCAUAAUCUCACCGCUUCUGGACGAGCUUCAAAUUAGGAAUAUAACUGUAUUAUAA